AUGAUUUUGCACCCGCGCGCGCUUCCGUACACCACCAAAGUCAUCUCAUCACGGAAACACCUUGGUUACCCAAUGUCGGCGAUGCACGAAUUAUGCCGGUUUCCGGCACGCCCGGUCACACAAGACUCGCUCGAGGCACUCAGAGCAUUCUUGAGGGCUGGAGUGCCUGCCACGUACACCGUGGAAGAGGCGAAAAAGGUCGAGGCAGAAGACGAAAACGGCGGUGCGGCGCCGAGUCCCGAGGUGGAGGUUGCUGGCGAUACUACGCCGUUACAUGUCAUCUGCGCCCAUGUGCCAAAUGACUUGGCGAAAGAAGAGCUCGAGGUGGUCCUGCAGAUGGUGCUGACUCUUUUCGAGUUCGGAGCCGGCUGGAGUCUUGUUGACCCCAAUGGCCAUACUCCAGGUUGCAUUUUGAACAACAGAGGACUUCUGGACACUCAAUUGUACCAGCAGAUCGUGGACGCGGGGGUAAGAGCGGAGCUUUUGUUGCGCAAGAUUAAUGACGGCGGGGUGGAAUUUUUGGAGGAGAUUGACGAAAUAGAAGACGAAAAUGAAGACGAAAACGAACAAAACGAAAACGAAAACGAACAAAAUGAAGUCGAGGACCAAAACGAAAAGAAAGUGGAAGCUUCUACUGCUUCCAAUUCACCUGAAGAUCCCGCCGGCGAUCAAAAAACAUACCUCGAGACUCCCUUGGAGUACGCUGGUGACUCGCUCAUCACAAAGUCACAAAAAGACGGUGUCAUGAUGUCGUGGGAAACAGAACUUAUGAGACUCGGAUGUGAAAGUCUCUUCAGUUCUGCUGAAGAAGAACCAGUAAUCCUAAACAUAGGGUUUGGAAUGGGCAUUAUUGAUACAAUGAUACAGAACAAGAACCCUCACAAGCACUAUAUAUGUGAGGCCCACCCAGACGUCUUGAAAAAGUUGCGUCAAGACGGUUGGUACGACAAACCUAAUGUUGUGGUCCUAGAAGGACGCUGGCAAGAAAAACUCUCUGAACUUUUGUCCAGUGGUGGAGUCUACUUUGACGGCGUCUAUUACGACACAUUCUCCGAACACUACGAAGACAUGCUUGAGCUCUUUGAUUUUGUCGUGGGACUUUUGAAGCCUGGUGGAACAUUUUCUUUUUUCAAUGGCCUCGGGGCUGAUAGGAAAGUGGUAUACGAUGUUUAUAAGGCUCUCGUUCCUAUAGAUCUUGGUGACUAUGGCCUUGCUUGCACCUUCAGUAAUGUCCCAGUGCCCAAAUCCACACUCACAAAAGAGAAGGGAGGAACUUCCGUAUGGGAUGACGUCAAACGGUCCUAUUGGUCUUGUCCCAUCUACUACCACCCAGUAAUUAGAUUCAUCAAUACUUGA